GCGCGCGCACAACUUCCGGCAGAGCCGGAAGACCCUCUCUUUCGCUGUUUGAGAGUCUCUCGGCUCAAGGACCGGGAGGUAAGAGGUUUGGGACUGCCCCGGCGACUCCAGGGUGUCUGGUCCACGACCUAUCCUAGGCGCCAUGGGUGUGAUAGGUAUACAGCUGGUUGUUACCAUGGUGAUGGCCAGUGUCAUGCAGAAGAUUAUACCUCACUAUUCUCUUGCUCGAUGGCUACUCUGUAAUGGCAGUUUGAGGUGGUAUCAACAUCCUACAGAAGAAGAAUUAAGAAUUCUUGCAGGGAAACAGCAAAAAGGGAAAACCAAAAAAGAUAGGAAAUAUAAUGGUCACAUUGAAAGUAAGCCAUUAACCAUUCCAAAGGAUAUUGACCUUCAUCUAGAAACAAAGUCAGUUACAGAAGUGGAUACUUUAGCAUUGCAUUACUUUCCAGAAUACCAGUGGCUGGUGGAUUUCACAGUGGCUGCUACAGUUGUGUAUCUAGUAACUGAAGUCUACUACAGUUUUAUGAAGCCUACACAGGAAAUGAAUAUCAGCUUAGUCUGGUGCCUGCUUGUUUUGUCUUUUGCAAUCAAAGUUCUAUUUUCAUUAACUACACACUAUUUUAAAGUAGAAGAUGGUGGUGAAAGAUCUGUUUGUGUCACCUUUGGAUUUUUUUUCUUUGUCAAAGCAAUGGCAGUGUUGAUUGUAACAGAAAAUUAUCUGGAAUUUGGACUUGAAACAGGGUUUACAAAUUUUUCAGACAGUGCGAUGAAGUUUCUUGAAAAGCAAGGUUUAGAAUCUCAGAGUCCUGUUUCAAAACUUACUUUCAAAUUUUUCCUGGCUAUUUUCUGUUCACUCAUUGGGGCUUUUUUGACAUUUCCUGGAUUACGGCUGGCUCAAAUGCAUCUGGAUGCCCUGAAUUUGGCAACAGAAAAAAUUACACAAACUUUACUUCAUAUCAACUUCUUGGCACCUUUAUUUAUGGUUCUGCUCUGGGUAAAACCAAUCACCAAAGACUACAUUAUGAACCCACCACUGGGUAAAGAAAGUAUCCCUUUAAUGACAGAAGCCACAUUCGAUACUCUGCGACUCUGGUUAAUAAUCCUGCUGUGUGCUUUGCGGUUGGCCAUGAUGCGUAGUCACCUGCAAGCUUAUUUAAAUUUAGCCCAAAAAUGUGUGGAUCAGAUGAAGAAAGAAGCAGGGCGAAUAAGCACGGUUGAGCUACAGAAAAUGGUGGCUCGAGUCUUUUAUUAUCUUUGUGUCAUUGCACUGCAGUAUGUGGCGCCUCUGGUAAUGCUGCUUCACACAACUCUGCUUUUGAAAACACUAGGUAAUCAUUCCUGGGGUAUUUAUCCAGAAUCUAUCUCUACCUUACCAGUGGAUAAUAGUCUACUGUCCAAUUCUGUUUACUCUGAAUUACCAUCAGCUGAAGGGAAAAUGAAGCAUAAUGCAAGGCAAGGUCCAGCCAUUCCACCCGGCAUACAAGCUUACGGAGCAGCCCCCUUCAAAGAUCUCCAGGCAGACUUCACAGAGAUGCCAAAGUGUGGAGAUCUUAUUCCUAGAUUUGGACUGCCCUUACGGAUCAGCUCAGAUAAUGGGCCGGCAUGUGUGGCUGACUUGGUACAGAAGACGGCAAAGUGGAAAGGACCCCAGAUUGUUGUCCUGACCACUUCCACUGCUGUGAAGGUAGAGGGAAUCCCAGCCUGGAUCCACCACAGCCAUGUAAAACCUGCAGCGCCUGAAACCUGGGAGGCAAGACCAAGCCUGGACAACCCUUGUAGAAUGACCCUGAAGAAGACAACAAGCCCUGCUCCAGUCACACCCGAAAGCUGACUGGUCCACGCAUGGCCGAAGCAUGAGGAAGUUCAUCGUGGAACUCAUUUUUUAAAAUUUUGGACUUAUACAGUAAGGACUUCAACUGACCUUCCUCAGACUGAGGUAGGGUUAAAAAAAAAAAAAAAAAAGUUAAAAUAGUCUUUUUUGUUUAAAAGGGACUUGUGUGUAUAAUGCCACCCAGUACAAGGUAUGCAGCCCAGGAAGUGACCAGACUGAUGUGUGCUAUAACCCAUUAGAGCUACUUAAUCCCUGUUGGAAAGUGGGAGAGUAUGUAACUCUAGGAGUCAAUGGAACUGGACUGGCAGGAAGACCUGGGUAGUGUAGAUGAGAGUGAGAACUCCCACUAGUGAGUGAGGUUCUCAAAGGGGGGAAUGAGGAGCGAAGCCAUUUCUCUUACUGUCUCCUGUCUCUGAAGAGGAGGAGGAAGUAAAAGUUGAAAAACAACAAGAAGGAAGUCAGUGGCAAGACCAGCCGGUGCCACUAAUGACCCAGCCUGAGGUUAAAAGAUUAACCCCCCCCAACUCUAACCACAUGUGCUCUCAGUCCAUCAGACCCUUUCACAUGGAACCCCUUAGAGCUGUAAGCCAUUAAAAAGGUCAGGAACUCUGUCUUCAGGGGGCUCAGCUCUUAAGAUGCAAGUCUGUUGGUGCUCCCGGCCGGAUAAAAAACCUCUUCCUUUAAUCCGGUGUCUGAGGAGUUUUCUCUGUGGCUCAUCCUGCUGCAAUUCCACUUUCUUCUGCCUGCUUUAUUUUAUCCUUUAUACUUUUUGUAUCCUCAGUCCAAUCAAGUUGACACUCAAAAUUAACCAUCACAACCACAUUCUGGGCCAUUCAAAUAAAAAAUAGAUAAAGAAAUGUAAAAAUACUGAAAUUAUUUGUAAUGUUUUUCUGACCACUGUGGAAUUAAGCUAGAAAUUAUCAAAAAGAUGGCCAGGUACAGUGGCUCAUUCUUGUAAUCCCAGCGCUUUGGGAGGCUGAGACGGGUGCAUCAUCUGAGGUCAGGAGUUUGAAAUCAGCCUGGCCAACAUGGUGAAACCCUGUCCCUACUAAAAAAUAUAUAUAUAUAAAAAUUAGCUGGACAUGGUGGCGCACACCUGUAAUCCCAGAUACUCAGGAGGCUGAGGCAGGAGAAUCGCUUGAACCUGGGAGGCAGAGGUUGCAGUGAGCUGAGAUCAUGCCACUCUACUCCAGCCUGGGCAACAAGAGUGAAACCGUGUCUCCAAAAAAAAAGUAAAAAUACUGAAAUCAUUUGUAAUGUUUUCUGACCACCAUGGAAUUAAGCUAGAAAUGAUAAAAAAGAGAACAAAAUUUCAACUACCUUAACUUUAAGCAUUCUAUUUCUAUAUAGUUCAUUGUUUAAAGAGCAAAUAAAAAGAAACUAUGAAGUAUUUUGAAAGGUAAAGAACAUGACAUCAAAUUUUGAUGCUAUUUAACCCAUUGUAGAACAAAAUUUAAAGUUUCCCAUUCAAGAAGCUAUAAGAGAUCAUCAAACCUAAGGAAAGUAGAAUUAAAGGAAUAAUUCAGCAAAAACCAAUGAAAUACUACAGAAAUGUAUAAUAGAGAAAAUUAAUAAAGCUAAAAAUGAUUGUUCCAAAAGAUUAAUGAAGUUGAUUAUAUUCUUACCAAAAUUGGUUCAAGGAGAAAUAAAGUUAAAAACAGUAACCCAUGUCAAUGCUAAUUAAAAAACAGUAAUCAAAAUAUGAGAUGACUACAGACAUUUAAAAAGUAAGAAUACAGCAAUGAACACUUGAAAAAUUAGUAAUUCUUGUUACAAUAGUGUCAAAAAGCAAGUUAGAAGUAGCUUUUUACCAACAUGUAUAAGACCUAUACACUGAAAUCUACAAAACGUUAAGAGAAAUUAAAGUAGACAUAAGUAAAUUAUAUGUUUCACAUGAAAGUAUUGGAAGACUUAAUGUUAUAUAAAUUAACACAAAUGUUAUAUAAAUUCAACACAAUCCAAAUAAUAGUUUCACCAAACUCAAAUAAAAAUUUUCUGUCUAAUCUUAAAUUUAUAUGGAAAUGUAAAGUACCUAGAUUGUCCAAAGUAUUUUGCAAUGGAAAAAAUUAGAGGAUUUGAAGAUUUACUAUAAAGCAACAUUGUGGUUCUGCCGUAAAGACAAACAAAUGGUUCAAUGAAAGAGAGCUGAGAAAUAGUCUCAUACUUACACACUCAUUUAAUUUUUGACAAAGGUGUCAAAGCAAUACAAUGGUGAAAGGAGAGUCAUUGCAACAACUGGUGCUAGAAUAAUUGGAUGUCCACAUUUUAAAAAAAUCAACCUCAACCCCUACCUCAUACUGUACACAAGAAUCAAUUCAAGAGCCAAAUGUAAAAGCUACAACAUAGUUUGGCAAUUAGUGGUGGAUAUAGAUUUCUUAGGACACAAAGUAUUAACCAUAAAAUUGCGUUUUUUUUUUGUUGUUGUUGUUGUUUUUUGAGAUGGAGUCUCACUUUGUUGCCCAGGCUGGAGUGCAGUGGCACAAUCUCAGCUCACUACAACCUCUGCCUCCUGGGUUCAAGCAAUUCUCCUGCCUUAGCCUCCUGAGGACAGGCGUGUGGCUAAUUUUUUUUUAGUAGAGACGUUUCACCAUUUUGGCCAGGCUGGUCUCAAACUCCUGACCUCAGCUAAUCCACCUGCCUCGGCCUCCCAAAUUGCUGGGAUUACAGGUGUGAGCCACCGCACUUGGCCCCCAUAAAAUUGUUUUUAAUAAUAAAAGAUUUCAUAGAAAUUAAAAACUUAUGCUCAUCAAAAAAAGUUAAGGAAAUAGACAUGUUACAACUUGAAAUAAAAUACUUGCUAAAUGAGACAAAAGACUGGAAUCAGGAUAUAUAAAGAAUUAAAAAAAUAGGUUAGGAAAUGGGUGAGACAUUUGAAUAGGCACUUCACAGUUGACCAUUAAGCACAUGAAAAAGUGUUCAACCUCUAGCAAUUCAAUUAUGAUGAUCCUUGGUAUUGUUUUAUGUUUCUUAUUUCUUGGGUUCAUUCAGGUUCUUUGAUCAUUGGCUUUUUAUUUCAGGCCAUGUUAAAGGCUGACUAGUUUUUCCUCCUGAGGAAAGAGGAGAAAUUUGAUUGCAAUGCAUCGUUGGAUUUUACAAUUUUCUUGACAUCUGUUUCUGCAAAAGAAUAUGUUUAAAGGGUGUUAUAUUCUUAAAAGUGCCUAGGAUGGCUACAUAAAAUGUUUAGUAAAAGCACUACCUGUAUAAAAACACGUAAGACCUUUCAGUUACAUACUCAGACAUGUGGAGUAAACUUGAUACUAUUAAUAGUCUUCUUUGACUCUUUAUAGGUGUUGAUUUUGCUUGAGAAUAUUGAGGGUCUUGACAGAAGUUGUGGAUUUCAGUUUUAACAAAUGCGUUUUAAGUGGAAGAGCAUUUUCCUGGUCUUGUCCCUCCAAUUUGAGAAUUAGAAGUGCCAUGUUUAUGAUUAUUCAGCUGUAUUUGUUGCUAACUUGUAAAGCAAUACAAACAUUUUUUGGUCCGUUUGACUGAAUUUGUCCCACAACUCAUUGUUGCUCUGUUCAUUUUUUUCCAGGUUUCCUUUUUCCUUCUGUGUUUCAUUUUGGAUAGUUUUUGUUGCUAUGCUAUGUUUUCAAUUUGUCUUUUUAUUUUUGGCAGCAUCCUGUCUGGUAUUUAACUAAUUCAGUGAAAUUUUCAAUCUCAGACAUUUUAAAAAACCUUUAGAACUAAGUUCAAAUUGAGUCUUUAAAAAUAUGUUUAUGCUUUCCUCUACUUUCUUGAACAUAUAACAUAUAGUUAUAAUAGCAGAUUCAAUGUUCUUAUCUACUAAUUUUAUCUUGUGUCUAUUGAAUGAUUUUUCUUUUCAUUGUGGGUCAUGUUUUCCUGCUUCUUUGCGUCACUGAAAAUCGUUGACUGGAUUCCAGACAUUAUGAAUUUUGCCUGUUGAGUACAAGGUAUUUUUUUCCUUAAAUAGAGUCAUGUACUACAUAAUAACUUUUUGGUCAACAAUGAACUGGAUAUAUAAUGGUGGUCCCAUAGGAUUAUAAUGGAGUUGAAAAAUUUAUAUCACCUAGUGAUGUCGUAACCAUCAUAACAUUGUAGUGCACUGCAUUGCUCAUGUUUGUGGUGAUGCUGGCGUAAACAAACCUGCUGCACUGGCAGCCAUAUAAAAGCCUAGCACACAAUUACACACAGCACAUUAUACUUAAUAACAAUGAUAAGCUACUAUGUUACUGGUUCAUGUAUUUGUUAUACUUUUUUUUAUUAUUUUAGAGUAUAGUCCUACUUAUUAGAAGAAAAAAGCAGGUCAUUUAGAAGGUAUUCCAGAAGAAGACGUUGUUAUCAUGGGAAAUGACAGUGCCGUGCUUCUUACUGCCCCUGAAGACCUUCCAGUGGUACAAGAUGUAGAGGGUAAGACAGGGUUUUUGAGGAUUCUGAUGCUGUGCAGGCCUAGGCUAAUGCAGGUGUGUCUUGUUUUUUUAACAAAAAGUUUAAAAAAUAAAAAAUAAAAAUAAAAAGCUUUGAAAAUAGUAAACAGCAUAUAGAAUAAGCAUAUAAAGAAAGUAAAUAUUUUUGUACAGUUCUGUGUAUUUGUGUUUUAAGCUAAGCUAUUACAAGAACCCAAAAUUGAAAAAUAAAAAGUUUCUAAAGUAAAAAGUGACAGUAAGCUAAGUUUAAUUAAUUAUUAAAGAAAGACAAUAUCUUUGUAAAUUUAGUGUAGCCUAUGUAUACAGUGUUUGUAAGUCCACAGUAGUGUACAGUAAUGUCCUAGGCCUUCACUUUCCCUCAUCACUCACUGACUCAUCCAAAGAAACUUCCAGUCCUACAAGUUCCAUUUAUGGUAAGUACCCUAGACAAGUAUACUAUUUUUAAUCUUUUAUACAGUAUUUUUACUAUACCUUUUCUGUUUAGCUAUCGUGAGAUACACAAAUACUUAAAAUUGUGUUACAAUUGCCUGCAGUAUUCAGGACAGUAACAAACUGCACAGGUUUGUAGCCUAAGAACAAUAGGCUAUACCGUAUAACAUAGAUGUGUAGUAGGCUGCACCAUCUUGGUUUGUGUAAGUCCACCCUAUGAUGUUUGCACAAUGAUUAAAUUGCCUAAUGACACAUUUCUCAAAACCUAUCUCCAUCGUUAACCAGUGCAUAAUUUUAUUCUUGAGCUUUGUGCUGGAAUCCAACUAAGUCAAUAGGAAACCAAGGAGGCAGUUUUGAUUCUUUUGAGGCUUGUAUUUAAGGUGAGAUCAGACUUUAAUUUCAUGCUAAUUUUUACCCAUACUGAGGCAAUACCCUUUUGAAUACUCUACCAAUGCCCCAUGUAUUAAAAGGUUUUCCUACUUUGGCUAAUGGGAACAGGAAUUACACUAUUCCUAUCCUUGUAUGAGUCCAGAGGAUUGUUCUGCCUGUCCUUUUUGGUGAUUCUUUCCCCAACACUUAGAAAUUUCCUCAAAUGCAUGCAUUGGUCAGAACUUGGCUGAAGAUGUGAGGGAACCCUCUACCUCUAUAGAGCUUCCUCACCCCGCAGCCUUCCUUUCUGGUACUGUUUUCUGUCAAUUGUAGUUCCCUUAGCCUUACCAGAUUCUCAACUCAGGAAGACCACUGGGCUUUGUUUAGUUUUUCCCCUGUGCUGUGACUGGACAAUCAAGUCAGUAAGCUGGAACAAUCAAGGUUUCAUGUAGAAUUUCUUUAGUUAUUUAGUUUUGUAAAAUAGAGGAGUGAAUCUGCUCCCUAUUAAUUUCACCUUAAUUGGAAGAGGAAGUCCCCAGCUUCUGAUUUUAAUUUCUUCUUAGAGAAUUUUUCUUCCCCCAGUAAUAUUCCUUUCAGAGACAGGCUUCCAUUCACAUACAAUUUUAAAAGAUGUGCAACUCAACAUUAUUAGUCAUCAGAAAUAUGCUAAUUAAAAUCAAAAUGAAAUACCACUAUACCAAAUGUAGACAAGGAUAUGAUGCAACUGGAACUCUGAUACUUUGGGGUACAACUACUAUGAAAAUGACACGGCUACUUUACAAAAAUGUUGUAGUAGUUUCUUAUAAAACUAAAUUUACACCUAUCCUGUGACCCAACAAUUUUACAUUUAUGUGUUUACUCAAGAGAAAGACACACCUACAAAAAGGUCAAGAAUGUUUAUAGCAGCUUUAUUCAAAGUAGUCCCAGACUAAAAAAAGCCCAGGUGUCUAUCAGUAGUAGAAUAUAUACACACACUGGUAUAAAUAUACAAUGGAAUAAUAGCAGUGAAAAAAGUACAAACUGAUGAUUUAUGCAAAACCUGGAUGAAUCUUUAAUAUGCUGAAAUAAGUCUUAUAAAACAGAGUGCAUACUGUAAAUUCAAUUUAUAUAAAUUUCUAGAAUAAACUAAUGUACGGUGGAAAAUAUCAGAAGAAUGGUUGACUUUCAGGAAGGGUAGAGGUAGGGAUUGACUGGGAAGAGGCAUAAGGAAACUUUCUGGAAUGAGAAUGUUUUAUAUCUUGUAGGAUUUGGGUUAAAUGGGUAUAUGCCUCUGUCAAAAUUCAAUGGAUGUCCACUUAAAAUUUGUGCAUUUCACUUAAUGUAAAUUUUACCCAAAAAGGAAAAAACUAUGAGGAAAAAAACUAAACAUAUUGAACUCGAAUAAUAUGCAAAGAAUAUUUAGGGGGAAGUAAAAAUUAAAAAUUCCUACUGAAAUAAGAUAAAUUGCUAGAACUAUGAGUAGAUGAGUUGAUAGAUACAUUUUAAAACAUAAAAUAUGUAGCAUCCAAGUGAAGCAUACAUGUGUGUUCAUUGUAAAAUUCAAUCUUCCAAGAAUAUUACUUGAAAUAUUUAUAAUGAAAUUUUGAAAAAUGAAGAGUAUAUAGGUUGAGCAUCCUAAGUUUGAUAAUAUGAGAUCUGAAAUGCUCCGAAAUCCAAAACUUUUUGAGUGCCCACAUGAUGCUCAAAGGAAAUACUAAUUGGAGCAUUUUGGAUUUCAGACUUUUGGAUUUGGAAUGCUUAACUGGUAAGUAUAAUGCAAAAAUAUUCCAAAACCAGAAAAAACCCCAAAUCUGAAACACUUCUGGUUGCAAGCAUUUUGGGUAAGAGAUAAUCUGUAUUAUGAACAGCCUUACAUCAAUAAAUUUGACAAAUGAAGAGAAACAUUUAUUGGAAAAGGCAAUUACCAAAGCAGCAAAAGAAGAAAUAGAAAAAUCUUAUAUUAAAUAAAGGAAAUCCAUUAUUUAAAAAUUUCUGUACAAAGAAAAUUCAUAGCCCAGAUGGCUUCAUCUGCGAAUUUUGCCCAAUAAUUGAGGAAGAAAUAAUAACAAUUUUGCACAAACUCUUCCAGAGUGAAUGGUUCCUUACUCUUUUUAUAAGGCAAGGUAAUAUUGACUCCAGAAUCUGAUAGGGAUAUUACAAGAAAGGAACAAAUUAAAAACCAAUCUCUCUCAUAAUUAUAGAUGUAAAUACCCUUAGUAAAAAUAUUAGCUAAUCCAAUUUAGUGAUAUAUGCAUCAAACCAAGUGAGAUUUAAUCCAGGUUCGCUUUACAUCUAAAAGCCAGUUAACAUAAUUUAUCAGAUUGAGAGGAAAAAAUGCAAACAGCUAAACUAAAUCUUAUGAUUCAGGAAAAGCACUUGACAAAAUGUAGUAGCCAUUCACAAUAAAGCUUUUUGGAAAAUUAGGAUGAGAGAGAAGCAUCCUUAAUUGGAGGAAGAUUAUCUACUAAAAACCAACAGCAAACAUUAAUCUUGAAGCAUGUUAUUGAAGACUUUUCUCUUGUGCUCAGAAAUGAGACAAAGAUUCCUACUAUGACCAUUUCCAUUUAAUCUUGUACUGGAGGUCCUAGGCAGUAGAGUAAUGCAAGAUCAAAACAAACAAACAAACAUUAAGAUUAGAAGGGUCAAAACUGUCAUUAUUCACUAUUCAAUAUGAUUGUGUAUGUGUACCUAAAAUAUGUAUUUAAAAUUCCUUAUCAAAAUAUAAAAACUAAACUGUAUUUGCAAGGUUGCUGUACACAGGUCAAUAUUUAAAAAAUUAGUUGUAUUUUCACAUACCAGCAACUGACUGAAAACAAUAUUUUUAAAUGUUGCCCUUGACCGUAACAUCAAAAGCCCCCAAAUACAUAAGACUAAAUCUAAUAAAAGAUGUGCCAAGACCUCCUCACUGAAAAAUUACAAAACAUUUUUGUAAGUGAAGAAUUUCUAAAUAAAUGGAGAGAUAUAUAAAGUAUUAUUGCACAGAUGUCAAUCCCUCAAAUCUACAAUUUCAGUACAGUCUCAAUAAAAAGCCCAGCAGCUAUCUUUGUGGAAACUAGUAAGUUGAUUUAAAAAUUCAUAUGGAGUACAAAAAACCAAGAUUCGUUGAUGCAAUUUUGAAAAAGAAGAACCCAGAGAAAAUGAUACAUUCUAAAGUUCUUCUAAUAAAGUCGAUGUGCUAUUGCUAAGUGGUUUUAGAAAAAUGUGACCAAUAAAACAGACCAGAAAUUCCAGGAACUGACCCAUACAUACACAAACACCUACUUUAAUUUUUUUAAAACUUUUAAUUUUUGUGGCUACAUAGUAGGUGUAUACAUGAGAUAUUUUGAUACAGGCAUGCAAUACAUAAUCACAUCAGAAUAAAUGGGGUACCCAUAACCUCAAGCAUUUAUACUUUGUUACAAGUCAUACUGCAAGUAGGUACAAGAAGUGAUCUUUUCAUUUAGUGAUGAUGAAUCAGUUGCAUAUCUAUACAGAAUAAAAGUGUAUGUUGACCCUUUUCUCAGACCAUACAAAAAAUUACAGACAGAUUGCAGGUUUAACCUACAUGUGAUUUUUGUCUAGGCAAAAUUGGGGAAACUGGACCAAAAAAACCUGCUAAUAAAGAAAAUUGGUUAAAUGGACUAUAUUAAAAUUAAAAAACUCUGUUCACAAGAGAAAAAUACCAUCAAGAGGGUAAAAUAAGACCUUAUAAUGAGAUUUUAAAAAACUUUCCGAAACACCUCAUACCCAGAAUCUACAAAAUAUACUUACAAUCAAUUAUAUUUAUAUAUUUUUAAAAGACACCAAAAAAAUGAAAAUGACAUGUCACAAAUGAGGAUAUCCGAGUGGUCAAUAACAUGAAAACAUGCAUGACUUCAUUAAUCAUCAGGAAAAUUAAAGUACAGUGUGGUACUACUAUACAUCUAACAAAAGGGCUAAGUUUGAAAAGGUGGAAAAUAUCUUCAACCUCAUUCUUGUUGGUAAAAUAAGAAACAAAAGACAGAAAAUAACAAGCAUUGGCAAGGAUGUGAAGAACUUUCACAACGUAAAUGAGGAUUUAAAUUGCUGUACAUUCUAAGCAAUUGCUAUAUAUUGCUAUGUAUCCUAAUUGCUAUACAUGUUAAACUGAAAUACUUAGUCAUUUUCUUCUAAGGCUGAUCAUGUUUCCUUGUGACAAUUUCACUGGUAAGUAUUUACCCCACAAAUUCCAUACAUUUUAUUAAAUGGCAUGUCCUACACCAUAGAUAAUAGCACUUUAGUCCCAAAUGGAGAAAUACUAAAAUGCCCUUCAACAUUAGAAUGAAUAGAUAAAUUGUGGUACAUUCACAAUGAAUGACAUCAAAAUAGAUAAAUGGUGGUAGAGUCACAAUGAAAUACACAAUAUCCAUCAAAAUGGAUAAACUGGUACAGUCACAAUGAAAUAGUAGAUGUAGUGUAUAGCAAUGGGAAGAAAUAGUCUACAUGCAACAAUGUAGGUGAAUCUCACUAACAUUGAUACUAAGAAAACAUGCAACAAAAGACACUUUGCAAUUCCAUUUAUGCAAAGUGCUAAAACAGACGAACAUGCUGUUGAAAAUCUGGGUGGUGUAAUGAUUGCAAAGUAGCUUGAAGGGGGCUUCUGAAGUGCUGGAACUAUCUUGCUUCUUAAUCUAGGUGCUAGCUACAGAGUUGUGUUCUAUUUGUGAAAAUUCAAGCUAUGGAGUUAUAAUAUGUGCAGUUUCCUAUAUGACUGUGGUACUUCUGAGAAACAGCUAAAAUUAGUGAUGCUACUGAUAAGUAUAUGAUAGGCUGUUAAAAUAGUGGAGCUCCCCCCACCCAGCAAACAUUAUGAAAUCAUAUAUAAAAAUAUAUUUAUUUUAAAAUCUUAAUUUUACUCCUGCCCACUCCUGAAAGUAAAAAACAAAGCUAAUCUGAUAUCCUAUUUGCUGAAUAUGAAAGCCUAAAAUGGCUACAAUAAAACUUUUUAUAAUUUUGGUAAUAGUAUUUUAGUAUUUAAAAUCUUAAUCAUACUGAUUGGGAUUACCAAAUAGAUAUUGAAGAAUGGACUUGUAAACGUACAAACUGAUGUUUCAAUCAGCAUUUUUAAGAAUUAUUUUCAACAUUGUUAAUCAGUUUAAACUUUGAAAAUUAUCUUGCUUGCUCUUGAAUGUGGUGAUAACUCUUAUAUGUUUGAUAACUUUGGUUUUAAGUGAAGCCAACUAAAUAAUACAGCAACUGUAAGAUCAAAGGUCAAUAAUUAUUUUAACUUUCAGUUGGGUGGUUGCUCACAUUAUUUCUCUAAAUACCACACAACCUGGUUCUUCUUAGCUCCUGCAUAUCAUGAACCAAAAGGAACAUCAUGUAAUCCUUUAAAGCAUAGCACCCAAUCCUUGACUGAUUACUUGAUAACUGGGGAGUGUGUAUGCUAUUUUUAAUAAUAAAGAAGACAAAUAGAUUCUAAACAGCUAUUAUUAGGUUCCUAUUUAUACCGAUGUCUAAUUAUAGGAUUUGUUAUUAUUUGGCAUUUAGCAUUCAUUUUUGGAUCAGACUUUUAAUAGUUUUAAAUAGUAUGUGAAUAUAAAUAGUAUAUGUAUAAAAGUUAAAUAUUCAGACUUAUAAUGUUGCUCUUGGACAAAUUAAGAAUUUUCAGUUCUUAUAUGUAUCUAGACAGUGUAAAAGCUGUCUGUUACUCUGGGUCAGAGUCCUACUGCCUUAACAUAUAAGCUUUUCUAGAGGAGUCAGGAGUUGGGAAAGAGUAGUAGUCUAAGGCUGCCUCUGCUAAUGUACUAUGAUGUUAUUACAUGUAAUGAUUCAUUUAUUCACUGAAUCAUAUAUUUAUAAAUAAAAUACAUAUAUGUGUAUAUAUAAUAUAGCAAUGAGCCAUCACUACAUUAUCAAUUGGAAUGGCUAAUAUCCAAAAACCCAACAAUACCAAUUGCUGGCAAGGAUGUGAAACAAGAACUCUCAUUUGUUCCUGGUGGAAAUGUAAAAUGGUACAAUCACUUUGGAAGACAAUUUAGCAGUGUCUUAUAAAGAAAAAUUUUUCACAUAUGAAAAAAAGCUCAACAUCACUGACUGUUAGGAAAUGCAAGUCAAAACCACAAUGAGAUACCAUCUCAAACCAGUCAGAAUGGCUAUUAUUAAAAAGUCAAAAAACAACAGAUGCUGGUGAGGUUGUGGAGGAAAAGGAAGGCUUUUACACUGUUGAUGGGAGUGUAAAUUAGUUCAACCAUUGUGGAAGACAAUGUGGUGAUUCCUCAAAGACCUAGAGGCAGAAAUACCAUUCGACUCAGCAAUCCCAUUACUGGGUAUAUACGCAAAGGAAUAGAAAUUGUUCUGUUAUGGCAACCCCCUUUGGGUCCCCUCCUUUUGUAUGGGAGCUCUGUUUUCAUUCAGUUUCACUCUGUUAAAUCUUGCAACUGCAUUCUUCUCGUCCAUGUUUGUUACGGCUCGAGCUGAGCUUUUCGCUCGCUGUCCACCACCGCUCUUUGCCACUGUCACAGACCCGCCCAUGAUUCCCAUCCCUCCAGAUUCGGCAGGGUGUCCGCUGUGCUCCCGAUCCAGCGAGACUCCCAUUGCCACUCCCGAUCAUGCUAAAGGCUUGCCAUUAUUCCUGCACGGCUAAGUGCCUGGGUUUGUCCUAAUCGAGCUGAACACUAGUCACUGGGUUCCACGGUUCUCUUCCAUGACCCACAGCUCCUAAUAGAGCUAUAACACUCACCGCAUGGCCCAAGAUUCCAUUCCUUGGAAUCCAUGAGGCCCAGAACCCCAGGUCAGAGAACACAAGUCUUGUUACCAUCUUGGAAGUGGCCCACCACCAUCUUGGGAGCUCUGUGAGCAAGGACCCCCAGUAACAUUUUGGCGACCAUGAAGGGACCUCCAAAAUGAAUUGAAACUGUAAAACUACAAAUGGUUCUUAAAAUGGAGCCCCAGAUGCAGUCCAUGACUAAGGUCCACCACGGACCCCUGGACUGGCCUGCUAGCCCAUGCUCCGAUGUUAAUGACAUCGAAGGCACCCCUCCCGAGGAAAUCUCAACUGCACAACCCCUACUAUGCUCCAGUUCAGCAGGAAGCAGUUAGAGCAGUCAUCAGCCAAAUUCCCCAACAGCAUUUGGGUUUUCCUGUUGAGAGGGGGUACUGAGAGACAGGACUAGCUGGAUUUCCCAGUCCCUAAGCCUAGCUGGGAAGGUGACCACAUCCACCUUUAAACAUGGGGCUUGCAACUUAGCUCACACCCAACCAAUCAGAGAGCUCACUAAAAUGCUAAUUAGGCAAAAACAGGAGGUAAAGAAAUAGCCAAUCAUCUAUUGCCUGAGAGCACAGCAGGAUGGACAAGGAUCGGGAUAUAAACCCAGGCAUUUGAGCCGGCAAUGGCAACCCCCUUUGGGUCCCCUCCCUUUGUAUGGGAGCUCUGUUUUCACUCUAUUUCACUCUAUUAAAUCUUGCAACUACAAAAAAAGAAAAAGAAAAAAAAGAAAUUGUUCUAUUAUUAUUAUUAUUAUUUUGAGAAAGGGUCUGGCUCUGUCACCGAGGCUUGAGUGCAGUGGCAUGAUUUUGGCUUGCUGCAACCUCGGCCUCCCAGGCUGAAGCAAUCCUCCCACCUCAGCCUCCCAAGUAGCUGAGACUAUAGGCAUGUGUCUCCACAUCUGGCUAAUUUUUGUAUUUUUUGUAAAGAUGGGAUUUUGUCAUGUUGCACAGGCUGGUCUCAAACUCCUGAGCUCAAGCAAUACACCCGUGUUGGCCUCCCAAAGUGCUGAGAUUACAAGCAUGAGCCACCAUGCUGGGCCUAAAUCAUUCUAUUAAUAUUAUAAAGAUACAUGCCUGCAUAUAUUUAUUGCAGCACUAUCCACAAUAGCAAAGACAUGGUAUCAACCUCAAUACCCAUCAAUGGUAGGCUGGAUAAAGAAAAUGUGGUACAUAUACACCAUGGAAUAUUAUGCAGCCAUAAAAAGGAAUGAGAUCAUAACCUUUGCAGGGACAUGGAUGGGGCUGGUGGCCAUUAUCCUUAGCAAACUAAUGCAGGAACAGAAAACCAAAACCAAAUACCACAUAUUCUCACUUAUAAGUAGGAGCUAAAUGAUGAGAACACAUGGACACAUCAGGGAAACAACACACACUGGGGCCUAUUAGAGGGUGGGGCAUGGGAGGAGGGAGAGCAUUAGGAAGAAUAGCUAAUGGAUGCUGGACUUAGUACCUGAGUGAUGGGAUAAUCUAUGUAGCAAACCACCAUGGCACAUGUUUACCUAUGUAACAAACCUGCACAUCCUGCACAUGUACCUCUGAACUUAAAAGUUGGAAAUAAAAAAAAAGAAACAUUCUUCCAUACCAUCCAGCAACCACACUCCUAAGGUAUUUAUUCAACUGCUUUGAAAACUUAUGUCAAUACAAACCCCCACACACAAGUGUUUAUAUCAGCUUUAUUCAUAAUCACCCAGAACUGGGAGUAACCAAGAUGUUCUUCAAUAGGUGAAUGAAUAAACAAACAAUGGUACAUCCAUGCAAUGGAGUUCUACUCAGCAAUGAAAAAGAAUAAAUUGUGAAGUCAUGCAAAGACUUAGAUGAAUCUUAAUUGCAUAUUGCUAAGUGAAAGAAGCCAAUCUGAAAAGGCUACACAGUGCAUUAUUCCUGGCACCCAUAUCUUGGUUUCUUUUAUUUUUUGUGGGGGUAGGGGGCAUGGGAUCUGGCUCGGCCUGGCUAGAGUGCAGUUGUGCGAUCUCAGCUUGCUGCCACCUCCACCAUAUCUUGGUUUCUAAUACCAUUAGUCAACAAAUGAACCAGGGCUCUUUGAAGAAAUGGCUGAUUCUAGAACUGGGGCAGUAAAUAUGCAAGAUGAGCAUGGAACAUCUUGUGCCAGAACGUACAAGAAGUACUCGAAACAAACAAAAACCACCACCGCUACCACCAACAGAAAAGCCAGAACCAAAGUCAAACCCAACAAAAAAAUAGGAAAAAAAAAAUAAUAAGACUAUGUCAAAGGGACACAGGAGCCAACUGAAAAGUGCUCCCAAUGUUCAAACUGGAACAAUUUGAGCAGCACAGUAAAGUGGUAUUAAAUUAUAACCCACAGCAUAAUGUGAACAUCCAUGAGUC